UUUCUGUUAGGGAGUGUGACAGCACUGGUGGAAAGGUUCUCGCAACUUGUGGUCUUGUGGAAAAGCAGACAAUGGUGGACAUAGCCGCUCGGCAUCAGUGACUGUGUGAAGACCAGGGCUGGAUAUUCAAGAUGAAUGAGAGCUGCAGUGCACCAAGGGGGGAGCUGAUCUGACAAUGGAGCUUUUUUAGCAGCUAGAAUUACAGAGGGAGUUGGAAGACAAGGGACAAACAUUUGUGGCUUGUGAGUUUCACUUUGGAACAGAGGAAGGCCCAUGUGACUACAAACAGAAACCAUGGCAUCCCCAGAGACCCUCACCCCACAGCCUACAGAGUCGAUGCCCACUGGAGGGGCUCAGGCCCACCAACAGGAUCAAAAGGAAGAAGAUGAUGAAGAGGAUCAGGGGGAGGAGUUUCAGUUUGAUGAUAGCGAUGAAGAAAACAAAACACCCACAAACUCUGGUGAAGUAAAAAAGUCUACAAGUCGUCCUGAGAAGGAACUUCAGGAGAUUCCCACAGACUCAGAAGCACUUUAUAGUCAAGCAGUGAAUCAUGUUAGUCAGAAGCAGAAAACGAAUGUGGGGACCUCUGCUGGUCAGGAGUGCCCAAGCGUUCCUCAAAAUCCACAUAUAACAAUACCAGACAUGGUAACCAGGCAGUCUCCUGAUGGGAAUUUGGAAUCUGCUGAAUUUGAAGUUACUCAAGCGACAUGGAAGAAAAACACACCCACACAUGAAGGAAAGCUUUUAUCUGAAACUGAGACUGACCCACCUUCAUCCUUAUCAGAAAUGAACCAAACUCCUCCUUCUGAUUCUGAAGUGAUUUACGAUGACGUUCCUUGUGAGAACAUUCUCUCUCCUGGUGAAGAUAAUGAAACAAUCUACGAGGAUGUGCACAGGACCGACGACUCGGCAGGGAUGCAUGAUAACGGGUGGAGCUCCAGUGAGUUCGAGAGUUAUGACGAGCACUCUGACACCGAGACCAAGCAGUCGACCCGCAGCAAGCUUUCCCCUGAUGUUCGGCGGCUAAAGGAGCGUUGUGCCCGGACCAAGCGCGAACUGGCCAUGCGGUUAGGGGCUCGGGACGUCAGCCAGUUCAAACAGGCCUAUGACAUCAAGGUUCAACGACUCAUGAAAGCUGCCCGGAUUGGCACUAAAGAUGGACUGGAAAAGACUAAAAUAGCCAUGAUGCGGAAAGUGUCCUAUCUGAAUAAAAAAGAAAGCACAGAUGACACAGGAGAUGAGUUUGGUUACCUGGAUGUGAAUGUUUGUGAAGUGAAGCACCCACCACCUCAGCUUGGUCCCAUGCCAGAGGGCCUCAGCAGCCACCAGACUGUAAGGCGUCAUAUUCUUGGAUCUAUUAUCCAGAGUGAGAUAAGCUACUUGGACUCUCUUAAAAGGAUCCUGCAGGAUUACCAGCAGCCUUUACUGGAAGCUGAACCGCGUAUCCUGAGCACGAGAAAGAUCCAGCCCAUAUUCUAUCGUGUAAAGGAGAUCCUACAGUGCCAUGUCAUGUUCCGGAUCGCCCUGGCCUCACGUGUGGCUGAGUGGGACCAAACAGAGACCAUCGGGGACCUCUUUGCAGCCUCUUUUUCAAAGUCGAUGGUGCUAGACGUAUACAGCGAAUACGUCAACAACUUCACCAAUGCCAUGGCGCUCAUCAAAAAAGCCUGCAUGUCUAAACCAGCAUUCCUGGAAUUUCUCAAGAAGAGGCAGGCUGCCAGUACAGACAGGAUCACUCUUUAUGGGCUGAUGGUAAAACCAAUCCAACGUUUCCCACAGUUUAUACUCCUCCUGCAGGACAUGCUGAAGAACACUCCGCCGGGACAUUGUGACAGGCUCCCACUGCAGCUGGCUUUGACUGAACUGGAGACGUUAGCCGAGAAGCUGAACGAGCAGAAGCGGCUAGCGGAGCAGAUCUCUGAGAUCCAGCAACUGGCACGAAGCAACAGCGAUCGCGCCCUCAGCAAGCAGCUGAACUCAGAUCAGAAGAACCUGAUUCUGUGUGAAACUCUGGUUGAGACGGUGUACGGUGAGAAGGGCCAGGUUAUCAAAUCAAAGGAACGCAAGGUCUUUCUCCUUAACGACAUGCUAGUCUGUGCAAACAUUAAUCUUAAGGGGCAUCCAGAUAUCAGCAGCCUGGUUCCUACUGGUCCAAAGUACACGGUGAUAUGGACCGCUCCUCUGCAACAGGUGCAAGUAGUGGAAGUGGGUCAGGAGACCCCACAGAACAACAACAGUGUCUGCCAACCAGUCAAGACCAGACGUCUCAGCUCCACCAACUCGCAAGGCAAGCUGUUUCUGGGUCCACCUAAACUGUACCAGGAACUACAGGAGCUGCAGCAUGACCUGUCGGUGGUAGAGGACAUAACGCUUCUGGUGGGCACACUACAGGGUUCCUAUCAGAAUCUUAACACCACGGUGGGGCAGGACUGGUGCCUGGCUCUACAGAGGCUCAUUCGCAUUAAAGAGGAUGAAAUCCAGUGUGCCAACAAGUGUCGUCUCCGGCUCAUGGUGCCCGGCAAGCCUGACAAGUCUGGUCGACCAGUCAGUUUUACAGUGGUUUUUAACACUCCCAGUCCCAUCAGUAAAAUCUCAUGGGUCAAUCGAUUGCAUCUUACAAAAAUCGCCCAACGGGAAGAGAACGUGCCCGGCUGGAUAUGUGCAGAGGAUGACGAGAAGACAAAGCCUCCAUUCUGGUGCCCGUUAUUGGCGUGCCGUGGGCCUGUAUUCUCUCCAAAAGCACAAGAUCUGAAGCUCCAGACGGCCCUUCAUAACCCGGUCCAGUGCGCUCUGCUGGGUUUCUCUGCUGCCAGCACCUCGUUGCCUCAGGGCUAUCUUUGGGUGGCCAGUGGAGGAGACGAGUCCUAUGGGCACGUGGAGAUCUUCUCCCUGAACAGACCCACUCCACGCGCAGUGAAGAGUUUCUCGUUGGCCUCCCCAGCUCUGAGCCUCGAAUACGUGACUGACCCAAGUGUCGAGGAUGGCGAGGGUGAGGCGUCUGAGAGGCCUGCUAAAAUCGGCAGCACCAUUUGUGUGGGGUUACAAAAUGGAAACAUCCUCGUUUACGGCAGUGUGGACACUGCUGUCCAGUGCCUCCAGACCUUCCAAAACCCAGAGGCUUGUCCUGUUCUGUGCCUAACACACACAACUAGCUUUCUUUUUGCUGGACUGUCUAAUGGCAAAGUUGCAGUUUACAGCCGAAAAACUGGAGAUGCACUGUGGGAUCCAGACUCCAGCAGACUGGUGGUGAUCGGAAACGCACCAGUGUUUAAACUCCUCAAUAUAGACGAGAGUGUUUGGGCCAGUUGUGCAAACCAAGUCACCGUGAUUGAUGGCUGUAAUCUAAGCACACAGAGCUUCCAGGCUCACCCAGAUGACAAGGUGAGCGUGACACACAUGGUUCGUGCUGGUGGAGGAGUGUGGAUGGCGUUUUCAGAGGGCUCCACCCUUCGGCUCUUCCACACCGAGACUUUAGAGGCUCUGCAGGAGAUCAACAUCUCAACACGUUCUGCAUAUCUGAGUCCAGGUCAAAAGACAGCAUGGGUCACCAGUCUGCUUAUCUUCCGGGGCCUGUUAUGGGUGGGCACUGCUCAGGGCAUCAUCGUCACUCUGCCAGUGCCUAAGCUAGAAGGAAUCCCCAAAAUAACAGGUAAAGCCAUGAUCUCCCUCAACGCACACAGUGGCCCGGUCGACUUCCUAGUGGCCACGUCUAGCACUUUGUCUCCUGACCUGCUGAAGCGGAACUCCCUGGUGGAUGGGACAGACUCGGGCAGCGGAGAGGAGGACAGGAGCCACUCCUCCCAGGAGUCUUUAAAACAGCAGGCAGAGGGAUUGUCUCAAAGGGACGGCAAAUCCAAAGGGGUUCUGCUGCAGUAUCACAUUCGCUCCACCUGCCAGCUGCCUGGCAAACUUCUCACCGCCCAACCCGAGGACACGAUCAGUUUCUCAGAGGACGCUCUGGAGCACACUCUGGAGGAUGGAUCCAUCUACGAAAUAAGUGACGACCCUGAGGUUUGGGUGAGGGGGCCAGGACCCUCAAAUAAGGACGGAUCACGAAGAGAGAGGGUGAUGUCAGUGGCUGUGAUAUCUGGAGGAAGAGGAUUCCGCAGACUUGGCUCUUCCUCUGUCUCCUCAUCGUCUAACGAGACCACGCUUAUGUUCUGGCAGCUUCCUCUUACAGUUUAAAGCAAUGAGUGCGUUAACAUGUGUACUAACGAUCUGAUUAUACUCAGGUUCUGACAGUAAUCUGAUUAUUCCAGUGUCAUGUAGACAGCAUUAUCUAGAUCUGAUUAAGAUCAUAUUUGGAUUAUGAGUAACGUUGGCUGUUAUCUGAUAUUAAAACAAAAUUUUCUUAUCAGAGAUACUUGGUUCACUACAUGUACUGUGGAAGAGCGCUCCUCGUUAAAGAGAGAGCCUAGUUAAAAAGAAAUUGAACCCAAAAUGCUGAAUCUCAAGUCUAGGUAGAAUAAUGUGGCUGUAGCUGAAUAACCACAAACUAAAGGGCGAUGAUUUGGAAUACGCCCGAAGAUAAUAACAAUCCAAAAUACAAGGUCCGUAACCUGCUGCAGAGAAACUGCAGAUAAGCGAGGAAAGAUGGAGGUCGCGAUCUUCUGAUGUCUGUCAACAUGCCCAAACCAAAAUCUUGGAAAGUAGGACAGCAGAACUUUUUGCGCUUCUUGGUUCAGCCCUGGGUCAGCCCCCCGACCACCCGCGCUUCCCUCGCGCCACUGUAGUGCAUUUACAGGGCAAGUCUCACCUCGGGACAUCGUGCCACGGCUUGAGGCAUUCCGCUCUCCCAAGACAGACAUGAGAGGAGGCUCAAACCACCAAAACCAGAGCGUGCUGACAUCCAUCGUCAGCAAAAACUGCUGCGAACCUCGCAGUCCAGCAUCACAGCUUCAGGAGAGAAGAUGCCAGCUAAUGCACUGACAAAGAGGAUAGUGUAAUAUAUAGGAAUAUUAUUGUGCAUCUAUACACACUCAAUGACUCUUCAUCAAAACAAAACAUUGAAUAGACACUUCAGGCCAUCCGGUUGUAUUUAAAUUACUUAACUACUUAAAGAAAUACUAAUGUCUAUCUUGCAUAUCUUUGGUGCAUGUGCGAUUACCAUUGAGAAGAAUUUAUACAGGUUUUCCUGUAUGAUUAAUCAAAAUUGAGCUUACUGUUCAAAACCUACAGCCUCAGCAACAUCAGUUCAAUAUUUACAUCAGAUUUAGGAUGGUUAAGCCACUCACUACUGUAAAUCGUACUAAAAAACAAGCAAAUCUUUGACAGAACUGCUUUGCCAAGCUGACCCAUUAAGAGCUGGUAUGUUCAAAAAGUGUGUACGUGUAGGACUGUAUUCUGUUCCUUAAAUAAAUUCAGUCCUAACAAAUAGGGCUAUGUUUUAAUUGUAAGGUCGCUAUGGCUAAAUUGCCCUCAUCAUCAGACUAUUUCUGUUUCAAUAAAUGACCACAGCCUACACAACCCCUGGUUGCCAGGACAAACAGUUCAAAAGUGGGCAGCAAAGUGCAACACGCUAUUAUUACUUAAUAGUAUGGUAAAUAUGUAUACCACUAACAGUAUUACUAUGUUACACAAUGUGUCAGAUGAUAAAAUUGAGCAGCACUGUGGCUUAGAUGGCAAUGGUAGCUCAGUAUCUAAGGUACUGGACUAGUAUUCAGAAGGUUGCUGGUUGAAGACCCACCACCAUCAGAUUGCCACUGUUAGGCCUCUGAUCAUUGUUUUCUGCCACAGUUGGAUGAAAGCACCUACCAAAUGCAAUACAUGUAAAUGUAAGCUGGUAGAGUGGGUGCCACACAGCAACAUAAACGUGUCAAGUUCUUCAAGAUUAGGAUUGAUCUGUCCAUAUUGGUUAUUUCUCUGGACUCUGGGUAGCACCCUGGCAUCACUGUUAGAAGUACAGUAUGUAUGAGUAACCAUAGAUUUUCUUAGUACUGGACAAUAUGUUGACAUAUUAAUGGAAGACAUAAGGCCCAGUGAUUCCAAGCAAACUGACCAGGGUGAAGUGUGGUAAAACAUGAAGUGUAGCUUACAUAAGCUAUAGUUUCUGUAGUUAGAAACAGACUGGAGUAUAAGCUUUGUUUUUGAAUUUCUUCAAUCAAUGGAUAUAAAAAGUCUACACACCCGUUACAAUUCCAGGUUUUUGUGAUGUAAAAAAACAACAACACCAAAACACCCAUUUUUCCACCUUUAAUGUGACCUAACUGACAUUUAUGGGAUUCCAAAACUUCAAUCUUCUUCUAGUGAAGCCAUUUUUUUGUUGAUGUGGAGCUAUGCUUUGGGUCAUUAUCAUGCUGAAAGAUGAAAUUCCUCUUCGACUUUUUUUUUUAGUGAAGGCCUGCAUUUUUUUUUUGCCAAAAAUGACUGAUAUUUGGAAUGGUUUAUCAUUCCAUCCACCUUGACUAAAGUCUCAGUUCAAGCAAUAGAAAAACAGACCCAAGCAUAAUACUGCCACCACCAAACUUCACAGUGCAUAUGAUACACAGUAUUGCUUUUACAACAGACAUACCUAUUGGAAUUAUGGCCAAAAAAUUCCACCUUGGUCUCAUCAGACCAGAACACACUUUCCACAUUCUUUUGGCAGACAUGAUAUAGUUUUUUAUGCAAACUGUACCCAUGCUUGGAUGUUUUUCUUGCCACCCUACCCCACAGCCCAGAUAUAUGAACUAUACAGGAGAUUUUUGUCAUGUGUAGUACACAACCAGUACUUGCAAGAAAUUCCUGCAGCUCCUUUAAUGUUGCUCCAGGCCUCUUGGCAGCCUCCGGGACCAGUUUUCUUUUUAUCUUUUUAUUUAUUUUGAUGAUGUCUUCACUGUGUUUCUGGGUGUAUCUGUAAUGCCUUGGGAUUUUUUUUGUACCUUUACAACUAAGUAAAUGUCAGGACUGCUAGAAGAGGUGAACUUUAUAUGGGGUUAAUCAGGGUCACUUUAAUUGAUGGUUGGUGUGUAUUGACUACUAUUUAACAUACGUUAUGAUUGAGAUGCAAUCAUAUUAUUAUUUUCAAUUGAUUUGCACACACAGGUGGAGAAAUAGGUGGAAAUAAAUCUGAAAUUAUUUAUAUUGCUCCAGUUUUUUACGUCACAAAAAACCUGCCAAUUAAACAGGCGUGUGUAGACUUUUCAUCCUUACUGUAGCUCUUUGAUUCAGUCUCAGCAGUGAGCAGUAAAAUAUUAUCUGUACCAUUUUAAUGCUAUACCAUAGUCCUUAAAGAGCUCAUACAGAUACUUAAAAGAAAAAAACAUUUUGAAAUGUCACAAUGAUUACAGUUAAUUACAUUUCCAAGCUGCAUGAAGUUGUUCUUCUAGAUUGAAGGCUGAAAGCUGUCCUUGUGAACAUUUAAAAAAAAGAUUGUGACUCAUCUAGACACACAUUAUAAAAGUGUAUAUUUGAAUGUAGCGCUGCUAUAGAUGUUUACAGUAGCUGUACAGGAAACACAGAGGUAAAUGUCAAAGCUUUCCAGUCUUUUUAUUUCUGUUGCAUUUUUUUACUCUUCAUUUGUUUAGAAUGUGAACAAGUGCAAAGGAUUUUGGUUUGGUACUUAAUGUUAAUGGUACUUAUUUUACACUGAGUCACUUUGUUUAUAAAAAAAAAAAAGGAAUAAAUCGUGUAUUAUAAUGCACAUUUUUUGUGUUAAUAAUGUCUCUGGCUCUAUCAAAGCUGAACUUUAAUACAUGUACUGUGCUGUAAAAGGUCAAUGUCUGAUUCACUGUCACAGUAAAUGAUUUCAUCUUAACAAAAUGUACUGCACAUAUUUGUACACUUAUUUCAUGCACCUGUUAGAAAUGGGUGGGUGCUAGGGUUGGGCGGUAUGACGGUAUUACGGUAUACCGCGGUAUCUAAAAAUGUUGACGGUAUUUAAAAAUGGUGAUGGUAAAUGUGAAGCGCCAAAUUUCUGCUUCAGGUUUACCUUGAAAACUGAGACUUUAAGACAUUCGCGCAUGGGAGGUUGGAGCUCACUGAUUGGUUGUAGUGAUGGGAAUUAUGGCUCCUUGAAGGGAGCCGGAUCUUUUGGCUCGAUUCCUUUUAAAGAGCCGUUCAAAAAAAUGACUCUUCGUUCCUCGGGAAGCGCUACUGGGUAAACUAUAAGUCAGCCCCGAUAUUAAUAUCAAUGAUGAACAAUCAUGAACAUUUUGCUACCUUGCCUUAAAUGUAGGCCUAAUUCAAACAACACUUAAAUGAGAAAAAAAGAUUUAUUUUAAAAGAAGAGAAAAACUACAGGGAAGAGACAUACUGUGGUUGCAUCGCAUUACGUUUCAGAACAAUCCUCUUUUGUGCAGAGAUGUGCCUGUGUUUAUUUCUGCUUUAAAACAUACGCACCAUGAAAUAAUCAGAUUUAACAUAAUUAAACAAGUUUAUUUCUUA